CGUACCUCAUCUCGGCGUCCGAGCCCACGACAGCUUCCCGUCCCGUCCUCCUCGCCCCCCGAAUCCCCCAAUUAACGACACGACCGCGGAGCCCUAGCCUCCUCCGGCCACCCGCCGCGGGCCACGGCGAGCCCCCCUUCCCGCCGCCGCCAUGGCCUCCCCGGAGGGCUCCACGUGGGUCUUCGACUGCCCCCUCAUGGACGACCUGUCGGCCGCCGACUUCGCCGCUGCUCCCGCAGGAGGAUUCUACUGGGCGGCCCCGCCGAUGCAGCCUCAACCGCAGUCGCCGCCGCCGCCUCCCGCGCAGGCCAUCGCUACCGCGGCGCUUCCCAACCCCUGUGUGGAAAUCAAUACCUCUGUGGACUGUAAUCAGGGCAAAGAACAGCCAACAAAUAAACGUCCUAGGUCAGAUAGUGGUGCUCAACCAAGCACAAAAGCAUGCAGAGAGAAAAUUAGAAGGGACAAGCUGAACGAGAGGUUCUUGGAAUUAUGUACCAUCUUGGAUCCAGGAAAGACACCUAAAAUGGACAAGUCAGCUAUAUUGAAUGAUGCUAUUCGCGUAGUAACCGAAUUGCGUAGCGAAGCACAAAAGUUGAAGGAUUCAAAUGAGAGUCUCCAAGAGAAGAUCAAAGAGCUGAAGGCUGAGAAGAAUGAGCUGCGGGACGAGAAGCAAAGGCUGAAGGCAGAGAAAGAGAGCCUGGAGCAGCAGAUAAAGUUCCUGAAUGCCCGCCCAAGCCUUGUGCCGCACCCUCCGGUUAUCCCAGCCUCUGUGUUCACAGCUCCUCAAGGGCCGGCAGCCGGGCACAAGCUGAUGAUGCCUGUGAUUGGGUACCCCGGAUUCCCGAUGUGGCAAUUCAUGCCACCUUCUGACGUCGAUACCUCUGAUGACCCCAAGUCGUGCCCUCCUGUGGCAUAAGCAAGCAAAAGCCAGUUGCCUGAUCCUGUGGAAAGAGGCGACACCGCCCUCCAUUCGAGUCUAGAUUGGUCCGGGUCCCCAGUGUUAUUGAUGCAGUUGACUGCAGAGCCGAAGGGAGGCUUAUAUGCAUCAGAUGGUGACAUGGGGUGAUCUGAUGACACCGUUGUAUAUUAUUAGUAAAUAAAAUCCGUAACUUCAAGCAAAUGAGGAAUUAGAUGUCGUAUACUUUCUGCUUUGUUCGCCAUAUAACCCGCGAUUUGGUACUGAUUAGGUUAUACCUAUUGUGUGGUCCUCC